GUGUGUGGGAUGAUGAGAGGGUGUGGUAGGCAACAUCUAAACAAAAUGGAUGUUAAUACUUUCAAAUUGUUUGAAAUACGGGAUAAAGAUAAAUGAUUCACGUGAGAACCACUAUAGCACCAAUAAGAUAGACCGUGGCAAGGUGCGUGAAUGGUCUAUUUAUGCCGAGGACCAGAAAUGUUCGAUGGGGGGGAGGGGAUCCACGAUGCUACGUUUGGUACCCACUGAGGUGGUGCUUCUUGGUUCUCGCUUCACGCUUCCUCUUCAGUCAGUUGGGUUAGGGGGAGCCUAUCCACGUUUGAGAAGCAGCAGCAUCAAACGUACUGUCAUCCUGUGGACACAAUUCAAGCUGGGGAUAUAGUGAAAGCCAAAUCCAUAAUUACGAGGAGCUGUCCAUCACAGAGCGGGCCCUGUGAUCCAAUUCAGCUCAAGUCUCCGCCACCCUGUUGAGGGUAAACUGGAACGCUACCUGACAUAAACACUCCCCAGAGAUUCCUGAGUUCACAACCUACUUUUCAGGUGAUAAACCCUGUCUUUGAGAUUCCUCAACACUUCAAUAAUGGAGGACGGCUAUCAGAACAAGACAGCCUUUAUAAAGGGCGCCAAAGACAUUGCCAAAGAGGUCAAGCGCCAGGCGGCCAAGAAAGUGGGCCGCGGUGUGGACAAGAUGACCGACGAGUACAGCAAACGCUCAUACGCCCGCUUCGAGGAAAACGACGACGAUGACUACCCUGUAGUGCCUGGGGGGCAGGACGGUGGUUACUACCGGGGCGACAGCCAGGCAGCCAAUGACGAUGAAGGUGGCCACAGCGACUCCACAGAGGGCCACGACGAAGACGACGAGAUCUACGAGGGCGAGUACCAGGGCAUUCCCCGCGCUGACUCGAGCAAGGCUGCUGACGGACUAGCAGGGGGAGAUGGGCAGCAGUUCAGGGACAUGGCACAGUUUGAGGGGGAGCGGCGGAAGGACCAAGAAGAGCUAGCCCAGCAGUACGAGACCAUCCUGCAGGAGUGUGGCCAUGGGAAGUUCCAGUGGACCCUCUACUUUGUGCUGGGGCUGGCGCUCAUGGCAGACGGUGUGGAGAUCUUUGUGGUGGGUUUUGUGCUCCCCAGCGCCGAGAAGGAUAUGUGUCUGUCAGAGGAAAGCAAGGGCAUGUUGGGUCUGAUUGUUUAUCUGGGAAUGAUGGUCGGGGCAUUCGUGUGGGGUGGGCUCGCUGACCGGAUCGGCCGACGGCAGUCCCUUCUUAUCUGUCUCUCCAUCAACAGCGUCUUCUCCUUCUUCUCCUCCUUUGUUCAGGGCUACAGCACCUUUCUCUUAUGCAGACUACUUUCUGGUGUUGGGAUCGGUGGUUCCAUCCCCAUUGUGUUCUCCUACUACUCAGAGUUUCUGGCCCAGGAGAAACGUGGGGAGCACCUCAGUUGGCUCUGCAUGUUCUGGAUGAUUGGUGGCAUCUAUGCCUCAGCUAUGGCAUGGGCCAUCAUCCCACACUAUGGCUGGAGUUUCCAGAUGGGGUCAGCGUACCAGUUCCACAGCUGGCGUGUGUUCGUCCUGGUGUGUGCAUUUCCCUCUGUUGCGGCUAUUGCUUCUCUCACCACCAUGCCAGAAAGCCCGCGCUUCUUCUUAGAGAACGGCAAACACGACGAAGGCUGGAUGAUUCUGAAACAAGUUCACGACACCAACAUGAGAGCAAAGGGACACCCAGAGAAGGUGUUUUCUGUCACCACCAUCAAGACUGUAAAGCAGAUGGACGAGCUGGUGGACAUGGCAGGAGACAUAUCAACUUUGCGACGCUAUAAAUUGAAGCUGACCAGCCUAUUCCACCAGGUGCGGAGUAACUUCUUGGCCAUCUUCAAUCCAGAGUACAGAAGGACCACCUUCAUGAUGAUGGCUGUCUGGUUUACCAUGUCGUUCAGCUACUAUGGGCUGACAGUGUGGUUCCCUGACAUGAUCAAGUACAUCCAGAAGCAGGAAUAUGCCUCGCGCACCAAGUUCUUCACCAAGGAGCGAGUGGAGCAUGUGACUUUCAACUUCACCUUGGAGAACCAGGUGCACCGCCAAGGACAGUACUUCAACGACAAGUUCAUCAACCUUAAGAUGAAGUCCAUGGUGUUUGAGGACUCAGUGUUUGAGGAGUGCUACUUCGAGGACAUCACCUCUAGCAGAAGCUUCUUCAGAAACUGCACCUUUAUCGCAACUCUCUUUUACAAUACAGACUUGUUCCAGAACAGAAUCAUCAACAGCAAACUGGUCAACAGCACCUUCCUCCACAACAAGGAAGGUUGUCUGCUGGACUUCACUGAUGACAACAACGCCUACAUGAUCUACUUUGUCAGCUUCCUGGGCACAUUGGCCGUGUUACCCGGCAACAUUGUGUCAGCCCUGCUGAUGGACAAAAUUGGACGUCUGAGGAUGUUGGCGGGAUCAAGUGUCAUAUCUUGUGUCAGCUGUUUCUUCCUGUCAUUCGGCAGUACCGAGUCGGGGAUGAUCGCCCUCUUAUGUCUCUUUGGCGGCAUCAGCAUAGCUUCCUGGAAUGCCCUGGAUGUGUUGACUGUGGAACUGUACCCCUCGGAUAAAAGGACCACUGCAUUUGGCUUCUUAAAUGCCCUUUGCAAGCUGGCUGCUGUCCUCGGCAUAAGCAUCUUCCAGUCCUUCGUAGGCAUCACCAAGGCUGUGCCCAUCUUGUUCGCUGCGGGCGCACUCGCUGCCGGCAGUUUCCUGGCUCUAAAGCUGCCUGAAACACGGGGCCAGGUGCUGCAGUAGCACAAUUCACCACCAGAAGGCAGAAGAGUGUAGCUGCAGUGGCCACAUUGCAAUCAGGGCCCGACCAACCAUACAAUCUCAGCACAUUAAACACCAAAAAACUGACUGCCAUCAACAGUAUCACAACAGUCCCAGAUUACUGAGAAAAAAUAGCACAUUGGGUUUUCUUCUAAGAGAUCCUACAGGUUAGACGGAAUGAAAUCCUGCCAACACAGAUACAAGUUUAUAACCCACUGCCAAAGGAUGCAAAGAUACUGCUUGAUAGCUACAAUGCUUAAUGGGGAUAAAUUGAUCAUAGAUACUUCCCAACAAAAGAGAUCAAACAUCUAUACACCCUCAAUUCAUCCUAUCAUCCAUAGCUGACCAUCAUGCCAUUCAAAUAAAAUAGAUUUCCACCUGAAAAUAGCUUUCCCUGUAACUUAGCUUCCUACUGAAAAAGCGGAGCUCAAAUGAAUACUUGAAUAUUAAAUGGAUGUUUUUCAGCUUUGGCUGAUUAUAAUAGUGGUGAAUCAUACUUCAAAGCUUCUUGUCCUUUGUAAUCUGAAUGGACUUGAUGAGUGAAAGCCGUAUGAUAGAAGCCCAUUGGUUGAUCAGCCUAUUGCUUGCAUCUUAUAUCCUCUGUCCUUUGGGAUCUGUGAGGAAGAAAGGACAGGAUCGUUGUCAUUUAAAUCUCUUAUUGGCUUCCUCUGGAAGAGAAUAUUACAAACAAUAUUUUCCUAACCAGGUGACAUGCACCAAGCUCCCUGCUUCAAAAUAAUGAUAUAUAUUAUUUGUUCAAACUUGGCAUUGAUACUAGUUAUUUUAUCAUAUAGAAAACAGACUGUGUGUUGAAGGUAUAACUGAUAAAUACUUUAGUUUAUUUAUUGAUGGCAAUUUGAAGGGAUCGUUUUUAGUUUUAUAUUUGUAUUUAUUAUGGAUCCCCAUGGACACUAAACAAUUACUGUAUUUGUUUUUCUACAUCAGAUUUACUUCAAGCAGUGAAAUACUGCAUAUGUCUAAAUCAUUUUAUGUGUUGUAUGUAUGAGGGAGAUGGAGAAAGAGUUACAUCAUAUGUAUCCUUCUGUAUGGUUCUUGUAAUUGGUUCUAUGAGACCUCUGGGGCACUCAUUCAUCUACAAUGAUCUACAUACAUAAAGUGCAUCGUUAGGACCCUGUAAAGAUAUUGGAACGCCAGACAUAGAUGAGUAAAUACGAUGACCACCUAUUUAACACAUCAGUGGAGAUAUCCUUUCAUUUUGAAAAUCUAGACAAUUGUUACUUUGAAAUAACGAAUACAUCAAUGAGCCCAGGAUUACAACUCAUGCUUCCUGCAUAUCACAUAGUGGUCUUAUGCUCUCUUUGCAUCAGCAUUCCAUUCAGCUAAGGCCAACAUGUGCCCCGCCCUCUGCUGUCUAUUAAGGCAUACAGAACAUUAUACCUAGGAGGACCGAAGUCAGCCCGUUCAGUCUCCAAGCAAUGCGGUAUUAAUGAAGCACAAGUGAAUCCAUGUACACUGCUACGAAGCACAUUAUCCUUCAGUCAUACGGCUCAUGUGAAUAUAGCAACUAGUCACUCACAGAUUCAUUUUAAGGGCUCAAUUAAAUGCAAACUCUAUUUUUUUUCACCGUAGUAUAAAACACUAUUUUCCUUGUGAUAAGAAAUGUACAAUUUAUUUCCCCCCCCCCCCCCAAAAGAAAAAUACAAAACAAUUCCCUUCAGAGGGAGGGCAUGUACGUUGGCAAGGCAGGCUUGGUUGAAUCUGGCCCUUUGUUGAUUAUUAUUGCUUACUUGUCACCAUGUCCACGCCAUCCCUUUUCAUCUUUGUGUCACAAGUGUGGUGACAAUCAGUGAGAGAGCUGAUCUCUCCAUUGCUCAGCUGUAGUGUGAGUGUGAUAUCUGACUGCAGGGAGAUUGGGCUUAUUAAAUGUGUGGCCUGUGGGAUUUCUCUGUUGCUGUGUGCUUGGUACAAGAGCAGUGUCUGAUGUGGUACUGGAAUUAUCUCUUCAAAUCGUAUCUCUUUAGUGUUGCGUAUGUCUGUAUGUGACAUCUGUUGUUACUUGUGUGUGCACAUAACUGACACAUUUGUUCUAGACCUAGUGUGUUUGAGUGCGUUUGCGAAAGAUACGUGUAAAACAAUGUGUGUAGAUUGAAUUUGUGAUCUCUGUUGUGCUCUCUAUGUGUGGGUGCGUGCAUGUGUGAGUGCGAGUGCCAAAUAUUUUUCUACUUCUGUUGUUCUGGUGUUUUCAUCCCUAAAGAACGAGCACGGGUCAAUAGGGGCCAUUAUAACAUAUCUAUGAACUAAAAGACUAAUGCAAUAGAUAUCUAGAUCAAUGUCAUGUUCUUUAUAGUGUCAGCCUUGGGCGCUCUUUUGCUGAUUGGGCCUCCGCCAAACAAUUGUUUUCCUCUGAAAAGCGAUAUUUUGUCUCUUGAUUGCCUGACAGGUUUGCGUGGUAAUCAUGAGAAAAGCACAUGACAUUUGUACAAAGCAAAUUCAAAUGACGUGUGUUACCAAUUGCAGAGUGGUUUUGGAGAGUGUCAAAAUCCCAGCCAUUAUCCCAUUAGAUGCGUGUAGUUUCCAGCAUAAGAAUCUGGACUCUAGUUUUAGACCCAUCAACCUUUAAACUUUUCUCUGUUCAUAUCUCUCUAAGAUCAAAGGUCCCUGUGGCAGGCUUGUCAAAGUAGCCUUCACAAUAAGCAGGAUGUUAAGCAUGCUUGUAGUGUAUGAUCUCUCUGGCUGUUCGUAUGCCUGGUCUGUUUGUCCAAAGCAGGCGCUGCUUUUGUAUUGCUGUCGUAUGGUGACACUUUGGGUCUUUAUGUACAGUAUCAGUUCUACGACCGCUUUUGGUCAGAGUGGGAUGACUUGGUGCAAGUUUAGUCUGUGUUUUUUAAAGUAUGCUGUUGUUGGUAAGUCUUUGGUGAUCCUGUUAAAUGGUUGUACUUCUCUCUGCUUUCAGUAGGGGUUAAAGUUCAAGGAGAAAAUAAAUCAAAGCAAUAAAAGGGAUAUAUUUCGCCCUAUCCUAGUGAACAGGCACAAGAAUAGAUGGGUUUCCAAAAGUAAGUAUUUCAAAAUGGCCACCAUGUUUUCAUCAAAAGAGCGCCCUCAGUAAAUUAACGCUCAUGUCCACUUAGAUGAAACUGCCGUUUUUUAAUGUGACUUAAAAAUCAACGUGCUAUCAUUGUACCGUGUGUAGAAACUGUAGAUGUUUGUACGUAUGAGUAUAAAAUAUGUGGACAAAAAAAGAUCAAGGGAAACACUUUGACAAUACUGUCAACAUGACAGAACACUAUUGUAUGUUGUCUUUGUUUUGUAAAUGACAUUUAAGAAAAAACGUGAAUAAAUUCUUCAGUAAUCACUCCCAUGGGAUGUUGAGAAUAUUUUACAGUGAUGCUGACCAGGUGCUGUAUGUAUUUAUUUUAUGUGAGAAUUGUUACUGAUGAUGGGAUUCAAAUUUGUGUGCCAUUUGUCUAUCCAAUUCUAUGAAGAAAAUAAUAAACUACUAUGGACAUAAAAACAAAGUCCUUUCCCUGUUUGUGGUAAGGAAAUUGUGUACGUGUGUGUGUCGCCGUAGGAAUCAACAAUGCUGAAUGCUGCUCUACAAUUUGUAACAAACACAAGGCCUCUUACACAUCACUGUACCUUCUAUCAGUUAGCAGGAUGGCCGUCCUUAACUGUAAGGCCACAGACUCACUGUUAUAUGUUUGUCUAGAAGGCCAUUUUAGGUUCCGCUGCCAAAAUAUUGAAGCACUUAACGUACCCAACAGAGUCAUGGAAAUGACCGUCUAAGAUCAAUGAACUGUAUUUUAUAUAUUGUUCCCAACACAGUGCUUUUAGCUGUGCUAACAUCAUCUUGGAACACUUUGCAGAAGGGUUUACAACUUGAUCAUUUUAUUCUGAUUGAUGAUUUUAAAUCCCAGAUUGGAGGGAUGUGCUGACCACAGAUUGUACAUGUUUUUAAACCUGCUCUCUUAUGCACUUUGCACUGUUUUAACUUCCAUUCAUUGUUAUUUUUAGGUUGUAUUGUGUCCCAUGUAACUAACUCUAAGUGUGCUGCUUGCUUGGGCUCAUAUGAAAAUGAGAUUUCAAUGUGACUUUUCUGCAUAAAUAAAUUAUUAUUCGUAAUAUUAUAUUUAA